CUCAUUUCUCUGCAAAUUUGAAAAUCAUUUUUGCAGCAUUCGCGUCUCUCUCUCACGCCAACUGUGCGAGCUGUGUGUGUGUUUUCCGGAGAUGGCGAUCGCGGCAGAGUCUCAACAAGAUCACAAGAAUUCUUCAGAGAGCACAGCAGCUGAGAGAAAGAAAUGGACCCUAAACGACUUUGAAAUCGGAAAGCCUCUCGGCCGAGGGAAGUUUGGGCAUGUAUAUCUUGCUAGAGAAAAGAGGAGCAACCAUGUUAUCGCACUGAAGGUCUUGUUUAAGAGCCAGCUUAAAGAGUCUCAGGUCGAGCACCAGCUUCGUCGUGAAGUGGAGAUACAGAGUCAUCUUCGACACCCCAACAUUCUACGGCUAUAUGGUUACUUCUACGAUCAGAAACGAGUUUACUUGAUUCUGGAAUAUGCUGCCAAGGGAGAGCUCUACAAGGAGUUGCAGAAGUGCAAAUAUUUUAGUGAAAGACGCGCUGCAACAUAUAUUGCAUCAUUAGCCCGAGCACUCAUAUAUUGCCAUGGGAAGCAUGUCAUACACCGAGACAUCAAACCUGAGAACCUUUUGGUCGGAGCUCAGGGUGAGCUCAAAAUUGCAGAUUUUGGCUGGUCUGUCCACACAUUUAAUCGUAGGAGGACCAUGUGCGGCACUCUUGACUAUCUUCCACCUGAGAUGGUGGAGAGUGUGGAGCAUGAUGCGAAUGUAGAUAUAUGGAGUCUUGGUAUUCUGUGUUACGAGUUUCUCUACGGAUUGCCCCCAUUUGAAGCAAAAGAACACGCAGACACAUACAGAAGGAUUAUCCAGGUGGAUUUAAAAUUCCCUCCAAAGCCAAUAGUUUCUUCAGCUGCUAAAGAUCUAAUUAGUCAGAUGCUCGUCAAGGAUUCUUCGAAGCGUCUGCCUUUGCACAAACUGCUAGAGCAUCCAUGGAUUGUGCAGAAUGCCGAUCCAUCUGGUGUUUACAGGGGUUGAUUGAUACACAUGGUUAUGCCUUGAUUAGAUCAUUUCACUGUAGAUUAUAUCAAUCUCUGUUGUGUUAAAUGUAGAUGAGAGUGAUAUAAUAUGCAUUCUCUCUCCUAUAUGCAUAUUUUGGUGCAGUAAUCAGCAUUAGCUGCCAUUAAACAAUUACCUGAUUGAAUGUAAUGCUUCUUAUUAUUGGCAAUAAUUUACAAUUCUUUUGUGGGAGUUCAA